AUGGAUGUUUACGCUAACUUAUUCAGACAAACACAGGAAUUGCUUACAGAUGCGCACGCUUCUUUAAAGCGUGUGCAGAAGUGCUCUGCAGCGGCGAGAUCAGAUGCACAUGCAGCACACGAGAACAUAAUAAAGGCAGCGCGCGAAUCUCUGCAUCGCGUGCUAAAGGAGAUUGAGGAAUUUGAGCGAUCUGAAGUGGACGACAUCGCACAAUAUAUGGAAAAGAUCGGCAAUCUGCAAUACAGAUUCGGGUCAUACUCCCGCGUUGCGAAAAUGAAUGAUAAGAAAGCGAACGUUGAACAGGAACUUGAGGUUACCACCAUUUACCUCCGAUGUGGAAGGGAAAUCACGUUUCGCCAGGACCCGAAUGCAGAAAAGUUUAUUUCUGACGGGUGCAUUGGAACGCUCCUCACAAGAACGGGUAUGAAUAUCGUAAAUUAUGAUUCUGAUACGUCGCUUAAGUGCACCGUGGACGGUUUUGAAAUGGCUGACUUUAACGCGCAUGCAUGCAAAGGGGAUGUUGGAUUCCUGGGCCACGAUUUCACCGACAACCUCCAGGCUGUUCAAUAUAUUCCUUUCCGAUCGCCAAGAACGCUUCUUGAGCGAAGCUGGUCGGAUAGCUCGAUAAACAGUAUUUCUGACAAUUUGUUCUACGACGCUGAAACUGAUGCACUUUGUGAAAAAUCGUUCGUACCGAAAAUCCUGAAUUGUACUGUUGGAUCGAAAUCUGUCGACUGCAUAAGUAGCAUAACACCAAGCACACAUAAGGAAACUGGACCCAUGACACUUUACAGGGCGCUUCCCUUGUCUACAUUAAUACAAGAAGAGCCAGAGUUGUUCGAUUUUCAGCAACUGUCCCAUUUUGAAGCUAAUAAACACCGGACGCCUUGUGUAAUACCGGACAUCGUGAUUUUGCCGGACGGAAGGCUCGUUUUGGUCGAUCAUUAUCAUAGCAACAUUCAGCUGUUUGACCAAGACUUUAAGAAUUUAUCCGAGGAGCCCGUUUCGUUUCCCAUGGGAAUAUGCAAAAUUGACGCGAAAACGAUUGCUGUCACAUUGCGGCGAGAUAGAGAAAUUGUUCUGUUCAAAGUAAAAGAGAAGAGUUUAGAGAAAAUUAGUUCCCUCUCAGUACCAUGUAAUUUCUACCUUUGGCAAGUUGCACACAGAUUGGACCGGUUGUUCACCAUUUGCGACGAAAAUAAUAUCCACGUGAUUGAUACCAAAGGUAACCAAUAUAGUAAAAUCAAGUCAGGCGUUCCUACUCAUCAAGGAUUUAUUCGCAACUUCGACGUCAGCGACGACGCGGAAACCUUGUUUCUAUGCGAACGUAGCGCGCUCAGGUGCAUAACCAUACUUGGGGAAACCGUUUGGCGAAUAACUAGUUUGGAUUUGCCCGAAGCAGACAGAAACUUACAACACUUUGUUUUUGAAGAUGUCAUUUAUCAUCAAAAGAGGCUUUUUGGAUCUCUGUGGAAAGCGGGAAAGAUAGCCCAUAUCAGUAUUGACGGUGAAAUUGUUCGCUACGUUGUUACACGGGAUCUUGAUCAUCCAAGGGCUUUAUCAAUAGGUGCAGGCAAAUUGGUUGUUACCCAAUUUUCGCCGAAUGUAAAACCAACCAAAAACAGAACGGUUAAUGUUUAUCAAAUGGACUUGGAAGACAACCCGAUUUAA